UAUCAAUUUAUUCCAAAUGGGGGCGCACCAAAAACGAAACGUCAACGUGUACGCGGGUUAAAUUUCGAUUUCGAAAAAUUUAAAUUUUUUUUUAAUUAAAAAAUAUUUUACAUAUCAUCCAAUCAGAUAAUCAUAAAUCGAACAAUAAUUUAUAUAAAAAUUUCGUCGUCGUUAACAUCAUCAGCUGAUCUGUCAUUUUAACAAAAAUGACGUCAUUGUUACGUCUAAGUUAUGGCCUCAGAAGUUUGUUACCAAGACCGUAUUAAAUCAAAAAUCGAAGAAGCCGAAGAAUUAAUAAAUAAAUGCAAAGAUUUGAAAGUAAAAGAUGGGCAGAAGAAGUUACAGAAGAAAAUAGAAGCCGAAUUAAAGUUUCUUUGUAAACUUUUGAAACAUCCAGAAAGAAUCAAGAAUGAACAUUUAAGAUGUUCAAAUCUUUCUCAUUUAUCAGCCAUAUUAUGUUGUGCAAUGUCAACUGUAAAAGUUUCUGAAAUAUUAAAACCAUUUUCAUAUAUUGUAAAUAACAUAUAUGAUGAAAAUGAACAAAAAAGAAUUGUAGUAGAUGUUGUGGCAAAUGAUGGACAAUGUUGGAUUAAAGUUGUAGCUCGAAAUCCUCAAGCAAUGGCACAUUCUUCAAUUGGGAGUUGUGAAUUUGGAAGACGUACUAUAAUUAAACAACUUGAAGAUAUGAUUGAAUGUGCAAAACAGAAUCCAUAUAUGUAUCAGUCAAUUUGCAUUAAAGUAUGGUUUACUUCAGGAAUUACAAGGCAUUUAAAGGAAAAAAUAGAAAAGCUAGGUAUAGAAGUAAUUGCAGAUAAUAUUCAGGAUGAUCCAAUUUUUUUUAUUGAUGCUGAGGAUAAAGUUAGUUCUAGUUGUGAAGAUUCUGAUGAUUCUGAAAAUGAAUUGGUUUUCAUUAAAGAUUAUUAUAAGUUUAAUAAUUUUAAAGCAGACAAUACUUUACCUCUGAGAGAACAACAUGAAAAUAAUCUUGAAUCAUCUUAUAAGCAUGAUGUAUUUUCUUUACCUUCAGAAGCAGCAUUAAAUUUGGAUGUUUCAACAAUGAUAGCUUAUAUUUCUGCACUGACCAAUGGGCAUUGUAAUGUCAAAUUUACAGAAAAUAUUUUAACAGAGCAAGCAGAACGAGAGAGAGAAUUUCCAGUCAAAAGUGUUCUAGAUAAAUUAUUUGAAGAUAGGACGUUGAUAUGCUGUGAAACUGCUUAUAAAGAUUUUAAUAAAAUUGUUGCAACUAUCGGUGGUAAAUAUGAAAAACUUAGAGCUGAAGAAUUAUUAUCCAGAAUUGCUGUAGUUCCUGAUUGUCCAUCAGAAAAUGCACUUUCUUUAAGAAAAAGUAGCAAAGUAAAAAAACGUCCAAUGGUAAUUUAUAUUUUACAAUAA